AUGGUCAUUUCACUCCUCACAGACUUCAGACGGACGGAGUCUCGAGUGUACACAGUGCAAGCUGUCGUUGCACUGCUGACGUUGUUGUGCGUGCUCUUCGCUGUGGCUGUCAACGAGCUAUGCGCUGGCGUCAACUACUCCACGAUACCCCUUGCUGAAGAGAAAGUUUGCUUGAAGACCAGGAAGUCGAUCUUACAAGCCCUUCAGUCAAUCUGCACUGUGAUCUCCGUCUUGUUGAUAGUCUACAGGAUGUUUCUUGCCCGGAAACUGCAGAGAGAGCACGAGUUGUUCCUGUCACAGAAGCUUGCUGACGACAUACAGCAUGAGCAAGAGUUUGUGAAAGCUUCGGUGCUGUCUUGGGGGAACGCGCUGGAGCUGAUAGUAAACUGCCUGCACGUCUUUCCAGGAACCAGCGGAUCGGUUGCUUUCUACGUCAACUCCAAGAAGUUGUUUUACAGCGUCGAGUCUCUCCUUUGCGUCGUCACCUUGCUUCGCCUUUACGAGCUCCUCCUGCUCCUUCUCAUGCUUCUCUACAAGCUCACCUUGUCUCAGGUAGGAACCAACUGA